AUGGCAAGAGAAUGUGGUAUGAAACUAACUCGUGAUGAUGCCUUAGCAUAUCUUAAGGCAAUAAAGGACGUAUUUCCAUAUGAGAAGGGAAACUAUAAUUCCUUUUUGUAUUUAAUGAAGGAUUACAAAGAUAAAAGAAUUGAUAUUGAGUAUGUUGUAGAAAGAGUAAAGGAGAUGUUUAAAGGGCACACUGAUCUACUUUUGGGAUUUGACAUCUUCUUGCCAAAUAAAUAUGAAAUCAUACUUCCAGUCGAAGGUGAAAAUCUUCCUAAGGAGGAUGACCAAACUCUUAGGAGGAUGCAUGAUGAACAUAAAGAAACUAUAGAUUCCUUGAAUAAGAUUAAAGAGGAUGAACAACUUCCAAACAAGAUACUUGAAGAAGCCACCAAAUUCGUGGAUCAGAUUAAGGAUAAUGAACAAGCUCCUAAGAGAAUUCGUGUUGGAGAUAUGCGAGCCGCGGAUUUUGUGAACAAGACUAAAGUGGAUGAAAAAUCUCUUAACAAGAUGCAUGGAGAAGCCAUAGGUUUUGUGGAAGAGAUUAAGGAGGAUGAACAUCCUCCUAAGGGAUUGCAUGCUGAACAUGAAGAAGUUGUACAUAUCGUGGAAAAUACUGAAGUGGAGAACCAACCUCCAAACAAGAUGAAUGCUAGACAUGAAGAAGGUAAAAUCUUCAAUGAAGUCAUGUAA